CAGUUUUUUUUCAAUUGCGUUUUAAACUUUGAAGCUUAACCAAUACCUAAAAAAAUGUUGAAACUUUUUGUAAUAUUGUGUAUAAUAUCGGUCGUUUUUGGGGGUAAUUCAAAAAAACCAGCCGUUUAUCCCACUUCUGUAAGCUCUAUAAUAAAUGUGGCAAAGGUCGAAAUUGAUGUGAGCUAUAUUGAAAAUGCCAAAAAAGAUCUGACCAUCGAAGAUUGGACGAAAAUAUGUAUGGGUUCCACGCAAGUCAAGUCCAAGUUUAAAAUGUCAAAAUUAGUACCGAAUUUCUUAAAGAAAGAGGACGCUAUAGUUAAAAUUGGCACUAAAAUUAAUAAUUUGGUAAAUGAAUUUCAAGAAAAUUAUACAAAAAAUCCAACAACAUAUUAUAGUGAUAGUCUUUUUGAAAGCCAUAAAACUACAUUUGAAAAAUGUGCGAAGAACUUGGCUGAAAUUUAUAAAAAGGAUGGCUUACAGGAAUUGGUUGCAUCAGUGUGCCAGGACAUGUAUAAUAAUAUGCUAAUAAUGUAUGAGGCGCGACCCUUCACAAGUGGAAACGUUCGCAAAUUUACUUUCGCUCAAGAAAACUGAAGAUUACGCAAACUAAAUGUAAUACAGAUAAUUUCAAAAGAGAUUUUGUUUUUCGCAUUCACAUUCUAUUUUUCUGUUCAGAAAUAAACAUUUUUCUUUUUGCUCCAACACACA